GCUUUGCUUAUUGAAUAAAUGUAACGAAAAAAGCCAGAGAUGUCGAACACAAGAAAUCCAAAGGACAUUAGAGGCAUGGUGACGGGCAGUGAACGGGUAACUGCGUUUGAUAUGGUUGAUGUCCAUUUGGCCGACAGUAAAAAUAAAAAGGAUAUGGAAGAAAUGAAGGGAAAUCUAGAUAAGCUGAAGAACCUGUCUGAGGAUGACAAGAAAGAAAAUGCGAUGCUGAGAUCUAGAAUUGACGAACAGAGCCAGCUGAUUAUGAUACUAAAACAGAGAGCAGAUGAUGUGCAAGGCAAAACUUCAACGCUGGAGCGAAUUAACAAAGAAUUAAUGGACUUUAGGGGCAAUGCUCAAGAGAUGCUGAAUGCAGAAAUCAGAAAGAAUUCUCUUCUUGAAAAACGUUUUGAUGAACUUGCAUCAAAUCAUCAGGAAAUGAUUAAGAUUAAAGACGAGUAUAAAAGAUCUAAUCAGGAUUUACGGCAGGAGAACUCUCGUCUCAGGGAUGAAAAUUCUCGCUUGUUUUCUGGUGCAAUAGUUGAAAAAGAUCAGCAGAUUUCUGACUUGGAGAAAAAGCUUGCCAGUUUAAAAGAACAGACUAGUAGUCAAGAGAUUAGACAAAGACAAAUCAUUCAAGAUCUGAAAGCUCGGGAACAGGAACUUCAAAAAGAAAUUCAGACAUUGCAGGAGCAGUAUAAAACGGACAUAAAAAACCUCAACAAUAAAUUACAGGAAACAGAGGAGAGGUUAAAAGGUGCUAAUUACAAGUUACAAAACCAACUAGAUGAUAAGAAAUCAGCUGAUUGUGAGUCUCAGAGCAGAAUACAGGCCCUUACAAAAGAGAAAGAUGAACUGCUGGACCUAGCAAUGCAGAGAGGCAAAAUCAUACAGAAAGAACAAUCGGAAAACAAAAAACUACAGAAGAAAAUUGAGGAGACGGAGAAAUCCAUCCGGAGCCUGGAAGAGAAGUUUGAAAGGGAGGCAGCUACAGUGAACGCUAACCUACAGGUGAGAAAGUUACGUGACGAGCUGAGCUCCGCAGAAACUCGCUGUAAAGAAGCGAUUAGGGAUUUUGAGGCUUUUAAGAAAUACUCCAACACGCUGCUGCAAAAAGAGAAAGAAAUCAAUGAGAGACUCCGACAUCUGGCAGAGUAAACUCCCUUAGUAAGGUCACUUCUUGUCAGAAAGAGGCAGAGUAGUCUCCCUUAGUAUUGUCACUUCCUGUCAUGGGGUGUGUCAUUUAGGGCAAUUAAUUAUCUAUUUUUGAAAAUUGUAUUACUAGUUGAGGAUACAUUUGAAAUACAAAUCUUGUUAUGAAAUUGCAUUGAAAAAGGCAAUAAGACCACUUUUCCGUGUUUGUCUUUGAUAAAUUAUUAACUAGUAAAUGAACAUGUACAAUAUUAAUGACAUUUACUGCUGACAAUUCUGCAGUCAAAUAAACUUGUUUGUUUUAAAACAUGAUGCAUCUGAAUUUGAAGAAUAUUAUG